AUGGCUGGGGACGACGGCAGGAAGCUGUGGGCUGCGCUCGGGCUCUUGGUCGUCGUGGUCGUGCGCGACAGCUCAGAGGUCUGCAAGGACACCACGCCUGAAUGUGUGAACCUCGGCAUCGCCAUCUGCACUUCCUCCGCUUACGGACAGUGGGCUCGCGACAACUGCAUGGCCUUCUGUAAUUUCUGUGGCACUGGCACGGUAAUAGGAACAGGAACAGGAACUGGUACUGGAACUGGAACCGGAACCGGAACUGGAACAAUUACUGGCACCGGAACAGGCACGUGCACGGACGCCAUCAACAACUGCGCAUCAUACGGGCAGAACGUGUGCACCGACAGUCAGUACGCCGCCUGGGUCAGAAGCAACUGCUUGAAGACCUGCAAUCUGUGCGGUACUGGAACCGGAACUGGCUAUGUGGUGCCCCCUCUCAACACUGGCACUGGCACUGGCACUGGUACUGGUACUGGCACUGGCACUGGAACAGGUUACGUAGUGCCUCCUCUAAAUACUGGAACAGGAACAGGAACCGGCACUGUCAUGUGUGCGGAUGCCAUCAACAACUGCGCAACUUAUGGCACAAGUGUGUGCACCGACCCACAGUACUCAACCUGGGUUCGAACCAACUGUCUGAAAACUUGCAACUUGUGUGGAACUGGAACCGGAACCGGAACGAUAACAGGAACUGGGACCGGCACUGGAACGGGAACAAUCACUGGAACUGGAACCGGUACCGGAACGGGAACAAUCACUGGAACAGGAACAGGCACUGGAACAGGAACCGGUACUGGAACGGGAACAAUCACUGGAACAGGAACCGGCACUGGAACGGGAACAAUCAUUGGAACAGGAGGCGCAUGUUCCGAUGCAAUAAACAAUUGUGCUGCUUAUGGCCAAGCUGCCUGCACUGACCAGCAGUACAGAGACUGGGCUCGUGCAAACUGUGCCCACACUUGUGGUCUUUGUGGUACUGGAACCGGCACUGGAACCGGCACUGGGACUGGAACUGGGACUGGAACUGGAACCGGCACUGGGACUGGAACAGGAACUAUCACUGGAACUGGUAUGUGCGCGGAUGCUAUCAACAACUGUGCUGCCUUUGGUCAAGCUGCCUGCACUGACCAGCAGUACAGAGACUGGGCUCGCGCCAACUGCGCUCACACUUGCGGACUUUGUGGAACUGGAACAGGAACUGGAACAGGCACAGGAACAGGCACAGGAACUGGAACAGGCACAGGAUCUGGAACACCCAUUGGAACAGUCACUGGGCCGUGCGUGGACAAGAACACCAACUGUGCCGGCUACAGUCAAACCGUUUGUACUGAUCCCCAGUACGAUGUCUGGGUUAGAGAGAACUGCGCACACCACUGCAACAAGUGUGGAAGUGGGACAGGGACCGGAACUGGCACUGGUACUGGGACUGGAACCGGAACUGGGACUGGAACCGGCACUGGAACUGGAACAGGAACUGGCACAAUCAUCACUGGUGGCGGCACGUGUAGCGACAAGCUGGCCAACUGUAACAGCUACGGACAGAAUGUUUGCACAGACACCCAGUACGAUGCGUGGGCACGAGACAACUGCGCGCACUUCUGCAACAAGUGCUCUGGAACUGGAACCGGAACUGGAACUGGAACCGGAACCGGAACCGGAACUGGAACUGGAACGGGAUCAGGUGGCACCUUGACUGGCACAAGUGUCGGGUGCGUCUACAAGGGACAGGUAUACCAACAAGGUCAAACUUUCAAUGACGGGUGCACCUACAAGUGCACGUGUACCAACGCCUCUUCCGGGGAGUACCACUGCACUGACAUGUGUUAUCAGUUCCAUCUGCCAUCUGUAUGCUCCAUGUCGCCUCCACCCGCAGGCAAGUGCUGCUCCGUGCCUAACUGUCCAGCAAAUGUGAACAUACAGUUCCCCCCAGACUACCAAGCCAACUGAAAGACAACAAGGCUUACAGAAUGUCUGCCAGUAAUAAGGGUGGCUGAUGUGUGGCACAAUAAAAUAGUGGCUACUUU